AUGGGAUCCUCCAAGAAUGAGCUCGCUUCCCUGGUUUGCCCCGGCGCCGGCGGCGACGGCGGUGGCGGCGACGGCGGUGGCGGCGACGGCGGUGGCGGCGACGGCGGUGGCGACGAUGGCUGA